AUGAAGGUCGACCUCAAGGCCAGCCAGGCCGAAAGGGCUGCUCAGCUCCAGAAGCCAUCCAAAGGAUACUUCUUCUUUGGCAACAAGGAGUAUCCACGUGUUAAGUGGUGGACGCGCCCGAACAUGCGCAAGCUGUAUUUCUACUGCUUUGUGCUCAUCUUCGUCAACAUCGCCAACGGCUUCGAUGGCUCCAUGAUGAACUCGUUGCAAUCCCUACCCUACUGGCAGAACUUUUUCGGCCACCCAGAGGGUGUCACCCUUGGCCUCCUGGGCUCCGCAAUGAGUCUGGGCUCCCUGAUAACCAUGGGAGCCGUCCCUUGGGUUUGCGAUACCCUCGGCAGGAAAAAGGGUGUUAUCAUUGGCAGUGUUACGACCAUUAUUGGUGUCGUGCUGCAGUCCAGUGCUCCCAACUACAAUGCUUUCUUGGCCUCCCGCUUCAUCAUCGGCGCCGGCAUGACCCUCUCCACAAACGCUGGUCCGCUUCUCUGCGCCGAAAUCGCCUUUCCUCAGGACCGAGCCAUUAUCACCACAUUCAUGGGCUGCUCGUACGCUGUCGGCUCCUUCGUCGCCGCCUGGACCACAUAUGGCACCCUCAAGAUCGAGAGUGACUGGGCCUGGCGUCUGCCUUCCCUGCUCCAGGCCUGGGCGACACUGAUCGUCUUCGCCGUCAUCUGGUGGAUCCCCGAGUCUCCGAGGUACUGGAUUGCUCGCGACCAGGACGAGAAGGCGAUCGAGGUGCUAGCCAAGUACCAUGCCGAGGGUGACAAGGAUGAUCCCUUUGUCCAGACCGAGUUCCGCGAGAUCAGGGCCGCCUUUGACCUUGAUCGCAUGAACCAGACCAACACGCGAUGGAGUGAUUUGUAUAGUACCAAAGGCAACCGCCACAGAAUGUCUUUGGUCAUUGCUCUUGCGGUCUUUGGUCAGUGGUCAGGAAAUGGAAUUAUCGCCUACUACCUCAAACUCGUUCUUGAUAGUGUCGACAUCAAGUCCCCGUCUGACCAGCUUGGCAUCAAUGGUGGCAGCAAGGCAAUGUCGCUGCUUGUGAACCUUGCCGUCGCCUUCUACAUUGACAAGUUAGGACGCCGUCCUAUCCUCAUGAUCUCCACGUUGGGAAUGACUAUUUGCUUUAUCAUCUGGACAAUUCUUAGCGCGCAGCACGACCUUGGAGGGCGAUCAAACCCAAACCUUGGAAGAGGUGUCGUCGCAGUAAUGUACAUGUACAACUUCUCGUACAACUUGAAGACUGGAAUGCCCAUGACAUAUACUAUCGAAAUCAUGCCUUUUGGCCUGCGAGCAAAAACAGACCGAGCAUCAAGACUAAUCCUCCAUAUCUAUCAGGCGGCCAUGAUCGGUGGGUUUAUCACGAUGGCGGCAGUAUUCUUCAAUCAAUUCAUCAACCCGUCGGCGCUGAAGGCGCUGGCAUGGCGUUAUUACAUCGUCUAUUGCGUUUUCCUGGGCUUCGAAGUUUGGUUCAUCUACUUCUUCGUCGUCGAGACGCGAUACGUGCCGAUCGAGGAAAUUGCAAAGUUCUUUGACGGAGAGAAAAACGACGUCUUGGCUGCUACCACUGCGGCCGAAAAGCUCGACCGCGUCGAGAGUGGCGUCAUUGAAACCGAGAACGUUGAAGACGCCAGCAAUAAUACAGCAAACGCCAGGAGGGCCCCAGAGGCUAAGGAUGGUUGA